AUGGGCUUUGAGUGGCGAGUGUCUGGCCAGUCGUUGGACAGCCUCAAUCGUAACGCAACUAUUCCAAUGCUCAAGGGAUCCGUGCUUUAUUUUCGUUCCGUGCGACUAGAGCAUAACAGCGCUCAGGUAACCUGCGAGGCAAAGAAUGCACUGGGCAGCAUUCAAGCCAGCGCUCGUCUUGAAGUAUAUCCGGACGAGUCAAGUAAGCCGCGUCUAAGACUAUGA